AUGGAUCCGAAUCCACAGACGCUGCAACUCCUCUCUGAGUGCUUUCUCGGCACGAUGUCUCCCCUCCCGGAACCACGUAGCCGUGCCGAGUCCUUCCUCGCCGACGCCGCAGGUAAGCCAAACUUCGCACUCGCCCUCCUCUGCCUCGUAGCGGAGUCUUCCGUCGACGAACAUAUCCGGCUAGCCGCUGUCAUCGCCUUCAAGAAUCACCUCAAAUCGCGCUGGGCUCAGGUAGUUUCCGCCGACGGUAUUGCCUCGUCUACCAUUGACGAUUCCGAGAAAGAGCAAAUCAAAGCCCAGAUUAUUCCGUUGAUGGUCCGUUCCAGCCCUAAGAUCCAACCACAGCUGAGCGAAGUGUUUUCAGUUAUUGGUAAACAUGAUUUUCCGAACAAGUGGCCUUCUCUAUUGUCGGAGAUGGUUGCCAGGCUGGAUGCAUCAAGCCAGGGGAACGAUUACCCCACCGUUAACGGGGUUUUGGUGGCAAUAAACUCUUUGUUUGAUAAGUUUCGUUAUGGUUAUAGAUCAGAGGGGCUGCUUCUGGAUUUAAAGUUUUGCCUCGAUAAUUUUGCGCGCCCAUUAUUGCUACUGUUUCAGGGAACCGCCGGGUUAUUAGAUAAGGCGGCCAAUCCUGCAGCCCUCAAGCUUUAUUUGGAUUCCCAAAGGCUAUGUUGUGAGAUAUUUUAUUCCCUGAAUUUUCAGGACCUGCCAGAAUUCUUCGAAGAUCAUAUGAGCGAGUGGAUGAUUGAGUUCAAAAAGUACUUGACUGUGAAGUACCCGGCUUUGGAGGACGGUGGGAAUGACCAAGGGAUGGCCGUAGUUGAUGAGUUGCGAGCCGCUGUAUGUGAGAAUAUUAGUCUUUACAUGGAGAAAGAGGAGGAGCAGUUUGAGAUGUACGUGAGUGGAUUCGUGGAGGCUGUUUGGGGCCUUGUCCGCGUUGCCUCAUCGUACCCGAGUCGCGAAAAGUUGACCGUCACAGCCAUGAAGUUCCUUUGCAAGGUUAGCACUAGCGCGCACCACCAUCCUCUCUUUGGAAGGGACAAUGUUUUGCAGCAGAUUGUUGAGGGCGUAAUCAUCCCUAACGUGAUGUUAAGGAACGAGGAAGGGGAGUUGUUUGACAUGAAUCCUGUGGAGUUUAUAAGUAGGGACCUGGAAGGGAGCGAUAUGGAGACCAGGAGGAGGGUGGCCUGUGAUCUUCUUAAAGGGAUUGCCCUUCAUUAUAAAGAAAAUGUGGCCCGGAUAAUCCAGGGUGAGAUACAGCGUUGUUUGGAAUACUUUGGCGCAAACGCCGUUGCAAACUGGAAGUACAAGGAUUGUGCGGUUUAUUUGGUUGUGUCCCUUUCUACUAAGAAAGCAGGAGGAGGGGGCGCCGGGGUGUCUUUUAGUACUACUGACCUAGUCAACGUCGACAACUUCUUCACAUUAGUGAUUGUGCCCGAAUUGCAGUGUCGGGACGUGAAUGCUUUCCCAAUAUUGAAAGCAGAUGCUUUGAAGUUUUUCACUGUGUUUAGAAACCAGAUACCAAAACCUAUUGCUCUGGCCGUGCUUCCUGAUGUUGUGCGGUUCCUUCAUUCAGAGUCAACUGUGGUUGUUUCUUACGCCGCAACCUGCAUUGAGAAGCUCUUGCUGGUUAAAGAUGAUAACAGCAGGCCGAGGUAUACUCCUGCAGAUAUUUCCCCGUAUAUGCAGCCGUUACUGAACAGCCUUGUCAGUGCCUUAGAGCAGGAUUCAGCUGGAAAUCACUAUGUGUUGAAGUGUUUGAGGGUUAUUGGAAUAUUGGCCGAAAUUCCGCUUGAUGUUGUUUUGCCUUGCCUCAGACGUUUAACUAAGGUUUUGGAAAAGAUUUUUGAGCAUCGAAAGAAUCAGCUAUUCAUGAGUCAGGUUUUCAACCACUAUUUGUUUGAUUCAAUUGCUGCCUUUGUUAGAGGAGCUACUGCAGCCCAGACAGUCCCUUGUGUCAUUUCUGCACUAGAAGCUGAGCUUUUUCCCCCCAUCCAGGUCAUCUUAAGGAAUGGAAUCUGUGAAUUCUUCCCGUAUGCGUUCCAGCUGUUGGCACAGCUUCUGGAGUUUACUCCUGAUCUUAAUAGAUAUCUCCCGGUUUUUAAGAUCCUUCUGAUGCCCGAUUCAUGGACCAAGUCGUGUAAUGUUUCUACUCUCGUUUAUCUGCUCCAGGCUUUCCUCCGAAAGUUGCCCCAGGAGAUGAUGGUUCAACAGGGAAAGCUAGUAAAGGUUCUCGAGAUAUUCUCUGUACUGAUUGUAGUUCCUAGUUCAGAUGAACCAGGGUUUUACGUGCUGAAUACCGUGAUUGAAAACGUAUGUUUUGAUGUGAUCCAACCCUUGUUACGUGAUAUCUGGCUUGUGUUGUUUAAGAGGCUCUCUGGAAAGCCUACAGGGAAGUUUGUUAAGAAUCUCUUAAUAUUCAUGUCGCUUUUUCUCGUCAAAUAUGGCGCAGAUAAGCUUGUGGCUUCCAUAAAUGCUAUUGAAGAUGGUUUGUUUUAUUACAUGUUGGAGCAGCUCUGGAUACCUAGUCUUGAAAAGAUCUUUGGUUUUAUUGAACUGAAGCUUACUUCUGUUGCUUCCACCAAACUAAUCUGUGAAUCACCGGAGCUUUGGGAAUCUGGGCUGGCGGUGAAACUGCUGAAUAGCACUCUGAGUCUUGUUACCCGACCCAAACAUGAGAGAGCCAUGCAGGAGGAUGAAUUGGAGAUUCUUGAUUUCGACGAGACCACCAGGGGGAAUACUGCUACCUAUGCUCGUCUUUGCAGUGUUGGGAAGAAAAAUGAAGACCCUUUGAAGGAAACUAAGGAUCCGAAGCAGUUUUUGGUUGUUUCAUUGGCUAAAUUGUGCGCUGCUUCUCCUGGAAAGUAUGUCCCCAUUAUUACAAACAAUAUUGAUCAACCUAAUCGGGCUGCGUUGGCUCAACUCUGCAAAGCUUAUGACGUGCGUUUAGAUUGA